AUGCAAGAGACAACAAUUCAGAUUACAAAACCACCUAAAGAGGUUGAAGCUCCAAUAUUUCAGGAGGUGACAGUUCCAACACCAGAGGAGAUUAAAGUUGUGCAUCCAAAUGAUGAUGAGGAUCACAAUAGAAUUAAUUACAGAAGGCCAAUCCCUCCGGUAGUUGUACCUCUGGAUAUUUUUUUCCACAAAACUACAAUAUGUAAACCUGUGCAUGAGAUCCCAACUCAAAUUACAAAACCACCUGAAGAGGUUGUAGCUCACACUCUAGAACCUCAGGAGGAGGUGGCUCCAGCUCCACUGGAGAGCCAAGCUCCAUCUCCAAAACCACAUAGUAUCUCAUUGCAGCCUUCAAAUCAGGAGGACACCGAACCUUCUUCUGCUCCUUCAUUGACUCACCACCCUCCAAAUCCAGAGGAGAUUAAAGUUGUGCAUCCAUAUGAUGAUGAGGAUCACAAUAGAAUUGAUUACAGAAGGCCAAUCCAUCCGGUAGUUGUACCUCCAGAUACUUUUUUCCUCAAAACUACAAAUUCCAAACCUGUGCAGGAGACCCCAACUCAAAUUACAAAACCACCUGAAGAGGUUGUAGUUUACACUCUAGAACCUCAGGAGGAGGUGGCUCCAGCUCCACUGGAGAGCGAAGCUCCAUCUCCAAAACCACCAAGUAUCUCAUUGCAGCCUUCAAAUCAGGAUGACACCGAACCUUCUGCUCCUUCAUUGACUCACCACCCUCCAAAUCCAGAGGAGAUUAAAGCUGUGCCUCCAUAUGACGAUGAGGAUCACUAUAGAAUUAAUUACAGAAGGCCAAUCCAUCCAGUAGUUGUACAUCCAGAUUUUUUUCCCCUCAAAACUGCAAUAUCUAAUCCUGUUCAGGAUUUUCCAACUCAGACUACAAAACCACCUGAGGAGGUUGUAGCUCAAACUCUAGAACACCCAGAAAGGGUGGCUCCAGCUCCACUGGAGAGCCGAGCUCCAUCUCCAAAACCACCAAGUAUCUCAUUACAGUCUUUAGAUGAUCAGGAUGACACCGAAGCUCCUUAUGCUCCUUCAUGGACUUACCGCCGUCCAAAUCCAGAAGAGAUUAAAGUUGCACAUGCAUAUGAUGAUGAUGAACACUACAGAAUUCAGGUCCAGCAUCCAGACAUAACUCAAGCCACAAGGCAGUAUUUACCCUCAGAAUCUUCUGUAACUCGACAACCUAAUACAAUGGUCAAACGUUCUGCCCGUAUGAAGGAGACCCCAGCUCAGAUUUCAGAGAUACCUGUGGAGACUGUAGCCCAAUCCCAAGAGCAUUAUACAACAACACGUCUAGCUUCAGUUGUUAAAAUUCAACCUCCAAAUUUAUUAAAGAUAGAUGCUCCACCUUCUGAAGUACCAACAACUAUAGAUGCUUAUCCAAGCCCAAAUACAGCUGCAGAUCAAUUUUUGAAAAUGGCACUUGCUACAACUCCAUAUUCUAAAGAUUCUAAUACAGAAAAAAAUUCAACUCUGGAACCAAAUGCCUACGUAUACACCAACAUAUGUGAAUUCUGCGUGUGUGAAAAUGAGUCACUGUUGUGUAUUCAUCUCAGCCCAAUGUGGAGACUCCACCAAGUGCCUGUGCCAAGGCCCAACACCUACAACGGCACUUUUGCUAUCUUAAAUUUCCAAGGAAAUAAUAUUUCUUACAUCGAUAAAAAUGUAUGGGAAGUAUACCAUUGGGCUGAGAAAUUAAUUCUCAGUGAAAAUCAGCUGACUGAAUUACGAAAGGAUACAUUUGAAGGCCUGCUAACCCUCCAGGCUUUGGACUUAUCCUAUAAUAAAUUACGCUAUAUCGAAAGAGGGACAUUUGAAUCAUUACCUUUUUUGAAGUAUAUGAACCUUGGGUGCAAUUUACUCACUGAACUGAGCUUUGGAACGUUUCAAGCAUGGCACGGAAUGCAGUUUCUACAGAAGUUAAAUUUCAGCCAUAAUCCUCUCACAGUUGUUGAAGAUCCCUACUUCUUUAAAUUGCCAGCAUUAAAAUAUCUAGACCUGGGAACAACACAGGUGCAGCUGACGACCCUCGAGAACAUCCUCAUGAUGACGCUGCAGCUGGAGCAUCUGAUCUUACCUAAACAUAUGGCCUGCUGCCUCUGCAACUAUAAAGCUGAUAUUGAGGUUGUCUGCAAAACAAUCAAACUGCAUUGUAACACGGGAUGUCUGACAAACACCACACAUUGUCUUGAAGAAGCAUCUAUAAGGAACCCAGAAGGAGCAUUCAUGAAGAUAUUAGAGACCCGAAAGGCAAACGCCAGCACCAAACUUAUUAUUGAACCAGAAGGAGUAUAUUUACAAAAAGAGAAUGCCAACCAUUCCAGUUCCACGGAUGAAGAGAUCAACUUUAACGAUGAGAAUGAUGUUAUGAGUGCACUAAAUUACAUACUGCCCUAUUUCUCAGAGGGGAAUCUGGAUGAUGUAGUAUCCUCAAUGUUACCAUACAUUAAACUGCUGUUUUCUCAUGAACAAGAUACAAACAAUUCCUUGGAAUCUUUGCAGAAUAAUACAGAAAGCCUUCCUGUUACAAAUGAAUCUGAUUCCAGUAACUCCACUUACAAAAAUAGGUUGAAUAAACUUUAUUUUUUAGAAAAUUUGUUAGAUGCAGAAAUUGAUGAGGUUAAAAAGGAAGGGAAAAUUGAUGGGCAUAAGGAGAAUUCUAAAAAUGUGAUUCAAAAAUUUAAGCGAGAAAUAUUUGCAAAGAGAUGGGAAUCUGCCCAGGCAAAGGAAAGCAGUCUUGCAGAGGUUGACAAGGCAGAGAGAAUGAACAGAGCCCCCAAGGGGAUAGGAAGCAUACAAAAAAGGCCCUUCAAGGAAGUGAGUAACAAGAACCGGUGGAACAGGCAGAUUAUCCAGGCACUUGUGAAGAACAUUGUCAAAGUCAGGCAGCUCAGGAGCGCGCCCUCAACAAAGCUGCCACAGCUCAGUCUGGUGCAGAAGCCCAGGAAGUUAGCAGGAAAUUCCUUACACUUGGAGCCCUUGCUCCCGAAGGAACACAGGGAGACAGUCUCUUCUUUCCCAGAACCAUCUCUAGUGGGCAAGGCUCCAUCUACAGAAUCAUUACCUGAGUUCAUGGACAGACGUAAAGAUUUGUCUUACACCAUUUUUGUUUUAGAAAGUGCAAAUGCUAAUGUGAAAAGAAUGAAGGCUUCUGACCUAAGUUUACUAUCUGAAAAGGGACAUCGAAACCUUAGGAAGAAAAAAUCUCAUUUCCAGUUGAUUGCAAAGAAGCCAGCAUCCUCUGCAAUGAGAAACCUGGUAAAUUCCCCUGAACGAGGGGUCUUUUCAUCUUUAGGAGACCCAAACUAUCCAGAAAAGGCUUUUUCAGAAGUAUAUGCCAUUUCAGAUCGAUCUACAGAAAAACCUCUUGAAAAAAAUCAGGCUUUAACAGAUAAUUUUGAAGAAAACAUCCUUGAAUCUACUGUGCCUGAAGAAACUGCAUCAGAAAAUAAAAUCUCUGCACAUCAUGCUGAAGACUUCCACAUGCAUAGAUACGACUUAAUUCCAACUGCUGAGCAAACCACUGGACCACACCCAGACUUCAUCUUGGCCCCUGAUGAACAUGAUCAUUCCCAUGAACUGGCUUACUCAAUGCUGAUCUCACCAGGUGAACACUUGGAAUCUCAUCUAAACCAGCAGCUGCGGCCCCUCAUCCCCAACAAAGAUGUAAGACGGCUCAUUUCUCACGUUAUCAAGACUUUGAAGAUGGACUGCUAUGACCCUCAUGUGCAACUGUCCUGUGCAAAGCUCAUCUCCAGGACAGGCCUCCUGAUGAAGCUUCUCAGUGAGCAGCAAGAAUUCAAGUUGUCCAGGACUGAAUGGGAUCCAGACCAAUGGAAAACUGAGAACUACAUCAAUGAGAACACAGAAGUUCCUCACAAGGGUCUGGAAUCAAGUCAGACUGGAAAAGAAGUCCCAGGAAACAGCUACAAAAACAAAGUUAUCUUGGCAGUAUGUGUGACUCUGGUAGUGAUUGUGUUGAUUGUCGUUUUCUGUCUCGUUGAGAUUCAUUACCGCAGAGCAAAGGAAAGAGAUGAAGAAAAGGCAACAGGGAGUAAAAGCGAGGACAGUGAAGGUCAGAGAAGAUUUGCCUGGCUCAAGUGCCCACAGUGGCUUAAAAACCUAUUCACACGCAAGAAAGGUGCAACUGAUGAUAGACAAGUCAAAGAGUCCACCGCAGAGGAAGAUAUUACCAUUCAUGAUAUAACAGGGGAGGAAGCAAACAGGGAUUCCAUGCCGGCCCAGAAGACCUCAGUGACUGAAGCAGAAGAGAGUGAAGCAGUCGACGAAGCUGAAGGCUCAGAAUGA